UUUUCCAUCUCCUUAAACAACAACUUCAGAGGGAGGUGGAGCAGAGAAAAGCCGACGCCCCGCAAGGUGUUGUGGGCACAGUAAUUCCGGACACACAAGAGCGCACGGGAGGGAUGGGGCGAAGAGGCAGUAGAAAUUACUGAAGAGACCGUGAUCCUACGAAAAGGAAAAGGUGCAGUUCCUCUUGAAGUAAGGAGAAACUAAACCUUCAGGAAACAAGGGACUCGGAGGUUGAAGGACAUAUCUCCCAGAAUGCCUUGCGUGCCCGGCGGCUGCGCAAUCGUCGCGCCUGCGCUAGGAGAGCCGGUUAGUUGCGGCUCUGAGACUAGCAGUUCAUGCUGCUGAAUAAGGAAGAAAAUGUGGGUUUUCGGCUAUGGUUCCCUCAUCUGGAAGGUGGAUUUUCCCUAUCAGGACAAAGUGGUCGGGUCCAUUACAGGCUACAGCCGGCGCUUCUGGCAGGGCAGCACCGACCACCGCGGGGUCCCCGGCAAGCCUGGAAGAGUUGUGACUCUUGUUGAAGAUCCUGGGGGUUGUGUAUGGGGUGUUGCAUACCGACUGCCAGCAGGAAAAGAAGAGGAAGUAAAAGCUUACCUUGACUACAGAGAGAAAGGAGGCUACAGGACUUCCACAGUCAUUUUCUAUCCAAAAGACCACAGCAUAAAACCAUUUAGUGUACUAUUAUAUAUUGGAACAUGUGAUAAUCCUAACUAUCUUGGUCCAGCCCCACUGGAAGACAUUGCUGAACAGAUUUUAAAUGCAGUUGGUCCUAGUGGAAGAAAUACUGAAUAUCUUUUUGAACUUGCAAAUUCUAUCAGGAAUCUUGUGCCAGAAGAUGCAGAUGAGCAUCUCUUCUCCUUGGAAAAAUUAGUAAAGGAACUUUCUGAACGAAAACAAAAUCUCAAUUGCAUAUAAAGAGAUAAUCAUUGAUUUUUGCAAACAAACACUAUCUUCAGGGUUAUGGUUUCUCCUAAAUAUCACAAUCUUUUUCUUAAUGGUGUGUCCAGGAUAACAUAGUUUGCUAUUUGUAGUCUGCCCUGGAAAAACUACAUAUUAUCUGUAUUCCAGCAUU